AUGAUCGCCCGGAUCCCGCAAAAUAAGCGGCUUGUCGUUGCCAUCGCAUCGGCGAUCGCCUUGUUGUUUAUAUACUUGCUUUCUAAUCAUUCCCUGAAUGGAAGCAUAGUCUAUGUGGACAAGGCCACGGGUGAAAUAGUGUCUGAUUUCCAGAAACAACCCGCUCCUGCGCUGCCGCCCGCUCCUGCGCUGCCACCAGUGACUAACAAUGAUGCCCCUUCCAUCAAAGACAAUUCCAAAGAGGAGAACGCUGCCUUUCAGCAGAUCGGCUCGCAAGAGCAGGUGGGCAAGCAGCCUGGCGACUGUGUGAUCCCUGGUGACAGAGUGAAAGCUACAUUUGUCUCGUUGGCCAGAAACGAAGAGUUGUACGACUUGAUCAAGGCAAUCAGAAAUGUGGAGGACAGAUUCAACCGUAAGUUCCGUUACGAUUGGGUCUUUCUCAAUGACAAGCCCUUCACGCAAGAGUUCAAGGACUUGACAAGUUCCAUCGUUUCUGGAAAUGCCAAGUACGGUGAGAUUCCAACGGAACAUUGGUCCUACCCAGAGUGGAUCGACAUGGAGAAAGCUGCCAAGUCUCGUUCGGACAUGAAGGCUCAGAAGAUCAUCUACGGAGACUCCGAGCUGUAUAGACACAUGUGUCGGUUUGAGAGUGGAUUCUUCUGGAGAAACCCAUUGUUAGAUGAGUAUGACUGGUACUGGCGUGUCGAGCCAGGUAUCCAGGUGCAUUGUGACUUGAACUACGAUUUGUUCAAAUACAUGGAAGACAAUGACAAGGUCUACGGAUUCACAAUUUCCAUUCAUGAGUUCGAGAAGACAAUUCCCCUGUUGUGGCAACACACAAAGGACUUCAUCAAGCAAUACCCACAGCAUAUCGCCAAGGAUAACUUCAUGGAGUUCAUCAGUGACAACAACGGUGAGACGUACAACUUAUGCCACUUCUGGUCCAACUUCGAGGUGGCUUCGUUGAAUUUCUGGAGGUCACAAGCGUACAGAGACUACUUUGACUACCUCGACAAGACGGGCGGAUUUUUCUACGAGCGCUGGGGCGACGCACCCAUUCAUUCCAUUGCGGCUGCGCUAUUUUUGCCUAAGGAUAAGAUCCACUACUUCGAAGACGUCGGAUACAACCACGGAGUUUACACUCAAUGUCCGUUGAAUCCUCAGUUCCGUUUUGAGCACCGCUGCGAUUGCAACCCAGACAAGGACUUCACAUUCAGAGGGUACAGUUGUGGCAAGAAGUAUUACGAGGCAAUGAAGCUCGAGAAGCCUAAGGAAUGGAACGAGCCAAACCAGAAGGCUGUUGAGGAGCAAAAGCCUUUGAAGGAUGCAUCAGCCCCUAAGGUUCCAGCUUCGCCAGAGCUUGUCAAGGGUGCAGCUAAUGACGCCUCCAACCCUAACAUCGCCAACAAGAUUAAGGCGACUUUUGUUACGUUGGCUAGAAACUCCGACAAAGCUUCUAUCCUUCAGUCCAUCAGACAUGUGGAGGACCGUUUCAACAAGAACUUCCACUACGACUGGGUGUUCUUGAAUGAUCAGGAGUUCAACGAGGAGUUCAAGUCUGCCGUCUCUGCCGUUGUCUCUGGUCAGACCAAGUUCGGUGUCAUUCCUAAGGAGCACUGGUCUUACCCUGACUGGAUUGACCGUGAGAAGGCUGCCUUGGCCAGAGAGGCCAUGGUCCAGAAGAAGGUUAUCUAUGGUGGCUCCGAGUCUUACAGACACAUGUGUCGUUUCGAGUCUGGAUUCUUCUACAGACACGAGUUGAUGCAGGAGUACGAGUACUACUGGCGUGUUGAGCCAGACAUCAAGAUCUUCUGUGACAUCGACUAUGACAUUUUCAAGUACAUGAAGGACAAUGACAAGUGGUACGGAUGGACCAUCUCCUUGCCUGAUCUACCCUACGUCGCCAAGGACAACAACUUGCCAUGGAUUUCUGACGACAAUGGAAAGACAUACAAUGGAUGUCACUUCUGGUCGAACUUUGAGAUUGCCAAGCUUGACUUGUGGCGUGGUGAGGCCUACCUGAAAUACUUUGACUUCCUCGACAAGAAGGGAGGCUUCUUUUACGAAAGAUGGGACAAAUUGCACUUCUUUGGCGACUUGGGUUACUGGCACGUGCCUUUCCACAACUGUCCCGUGGACGAAGAAACUCGUAAAGCCAAGAAGUGUGUGUGCGAGCCCAAGGAUGAUUUCACCUGGAGAGGCUACUCUUGCACGCCCAAAUUCUUCUCCCAGCACGGCUUGAAGAGACCAACGGGCUGGGAACAAUUCACUCAGUAA